UUAUUGAUUGAUUUAAAGAGGGAACGGCACAUAUUCAUCAACAUUUACAAAUGUAAAUAUGCCAGAUUUUGGCCUUAUUUUAGCUCAUUUCCAUCUGCAAGACCCCCUUGGCAGGUUGAUGGUAAGGUAUACGUACAAGACACUGUGCAGACUAAACACAGUGGGACAAACCCAGGGACAGUAGACUAGUAUAAAAAGACAAAGAGACAUAUUGCACAUCAUCCAUCAAGCAUUUAGCAAACUAUUUCUGGAUGAUGGUGGCUUGGUCGCAGCUUGUGGGUGGUUCGGGACUGCAGGGGCAGGGCGGAAAGCUCACACCCCCUUGUAGUUCUUACAACUGUAAUUAGACUCUUGUCAGGUCAGAGAGGUCUCAUACGCUUGAGGGAACGGGACAGCAACAUGGGGGACAGCGAGACCGCCGCUGAUGAGCUCAUUUUCUUCGUUAACGGGAAAAAGGUCGUGGAGACAAAUGCAGACCCUGAGAUGACCUUGCUCACAUAUUUGAGGACGAAAUUGGGCCUCCCGGGAACCAAGCUGGGCUGUGCUGAAGGCGGAUGUGGAGCGUGUACAGUAAUGUUGUCCAAAUAUCAAGCGUCCACGCAGCAGCUUGUUCACUAUGCGGUCAAUGCCUGCCUCGCCCCAAUCUGUUCCUUGCAUCUGGUUGCCGUGACGACCGUGGAAGGCAUCGGCAGUGUUGCUCGACAACUGCAUCCUGUGCAGGAGCGAAUAGCGAAGGCUCACGGCUCUCAGUGCGGUUUCUGCACCCCAGGAAUUGUCAUGUCCAUGUACGCGCUGCUGAGAAACAACCCCACGCCCAAAAUGGCUGACGUGGAGGAGGCCUUUCAGGGAAACCUUUGUCGCUGCACUGGCUAUCGACCCAUCCUGGAAGCCUACAAAACCUUUACCAUGGAGGGCGGAUGCUGUGGGGGCAGGGGGCGGGAAAAUGGCUGCUGUAUGACCGAUGCUAACGGAGAUAAUGAGGAGCCGACCUCGGCGCUCUUUAACGCCUCUGACUUUGCACCACUUGACCCAACGCAGGAGGUCAUCUUCCCUCCAGAGCUCAUGUCCCUCAGCAAAAGUCAGAAGAUACGUUCGCUGCGUUUCCAUAACGACCAAACCACGUGGCUGCAGCCUGACAACCUGGAUGAGUUUCUGGAUCUGAAAUGGAAACACCCGGAAGCCCGAGUGGUGGUGGGAAACACUGAAGUGGGUGUAGAAGUCAAGUUCAAGAACCUGCUGUAUCCGGUCGUUCUGGCGCCCGCAUUGGUCCCUGAGCUCCACAGAGUGACACACACUGAAGACGGGAUUGAGUUUGGUGCAGCGUGCACGCUCAGCCAAAUGGAGGCGGUGCUGAAACAGGCCGUGGUGACGCUCCCCCCGCACCAGACCGAGGUCUUCCUCGCCGUGCUGGAGCAGCUGCGCUGGUUUGCUGGCCAGCAGAUACGCAACGUUGCGGCUGUUGGUGGUAACAUCAUGACCGCCAGCCCCAUAUCAGACCUCAAUCCUGUCUUCAUGGCGGCCGCCUGUAAACUCACAUUGAUGGACAAAGAUGGCAGCCGUGUGGUUCAGAUGGACAACGGUUUCUUUGUAGGCUACAGGAAGACGCUGCUCCGACCGCAAGAGGUCUUGCUGUCCAUCCAGAUCCCCUUCAGCACCAGGAAUCAGUUUGUCUCGGCCUUCAAGCAGUCCCCUCGCCGAGAAGACGACAUCAGCAUUGUCACCGCUGCCAUGAGCGUCACGUUCAAAGCCGGCACAACAACCGUGGAGGACAUGAAGCUGAGCUACGGUGGCAUGGCGGCGACCACGGUGCUAGCCAACAAUACAGCACAGAAGGUCCUGGGAAGAUGCUGGGGGGAGGAGAUGCUGGAAGAAGCGUGCCGCUCGCUGGCGGAGGAGUUGAGCCUUGAUCCCUCCGUGCCAGGAGGCAUGGUGUCGUAUCGGCAAACACUGAGCCUCAGCCUCUUCUACAAGUUCUACCUGACUGUGCUGCAGAAGCUCCGACGACAGGGCAUCAAUGUGGAGGAACUCAGAUCUGACUUGGUCAGUGCAACAGAACUUUACCACUCAGAGACACCAUCCAGCGUCCAGAUCUACCAGGAGGUUCCAGAAGGUCAGAACCAAGGUGACGUGCUGGGCCGCCCCUUGAUGCACCUCUCGGCUCUGAAGCAGGCGACGGGUGAGGCGGUGUACUGUGACGACAUACCGCUAUUUGAGAAGGAGCUGUACCUGGCGCUCGUCACCAGCAGCAAGGCGCACGCUCGCAUCCUGACCAUCGACUCGUCAGCAGCGGAGCAAUGUCCUGGCUUCGUUUGCUGCGUCUUUGCCGACGACGUUCCUGGUAGCAACGUCACUGGAAAGGUGGUGCAUGAUGAGACCGUCCUUGCUGACAGCCAGGUGACAUGUGUGGGUCACAUCAUUGGCGCUGUGGUGGCUGACACGCAGCUUCAUGCCCAGCGAGCCGCCAAAGCCGUCCGGAUCCAGUACGAGGAGCUGCAGCCCAUCAUCACCAUACAGGAAGCCAUUGCUGCCCGGUCCUUCUAUCAGCCAAUCAGAACCAUCCAGAACGGAGACCUGGAGGCAGGGUUUACACAGGCAGACCACAUCCUGGAAGGUGAGAUCCACAUCGGCGGUCAAGAACAUUUCUACCUGGAGACCAAUGUGACUGUGGCUGUCCCACGAGGGGAAGAUGAUGAAAUGGAGAUCUUUGCUUCCACUCAGAAUCCCUCUGAGACACAAUUUCUGGUGGCCAAGGCUUUGGGCAUCCCCGCCAACAGGGUGGCCGUCCGUGUGAAGAGGAUGGGUGGAGGCUUUGGGGGAAAGGAGACUCGGAGUACUGUACUCUCCACCGUGGUUGCCGUGGCAGCACACAAGCUGCAGCGGCCCGUCAGGUGCAUGCUGGACCGGGAUGAAGAUAUGUUGAUCACUGGAGGGAGACAUCCUUUCUACGGAAAGUACAAGGUGGGUUUCCUCAAGAGCGGGAAGAUUGUGGCUCUGGAUGUGUCGUACUACAGUAACGUCGGCAACUCCCUUGACCUCUCUCUAGCGGUCAUGGAGCGCGCUCUGUUCCACAUGGAGAACUCGUACAGCAUUGCAAACGUGCGCGGUCGCGGCUUCCUGUGCCGCACCAACUUGGCGUCUAACACUGCCUUCAGAGGCUUUGGAGGCCCGCAAGGCAUGCUGGUUGCUGAGAGCUGGAUAACGGAUGUAGCCCAGAUCCUGGACUUGCCAGCCGACGAGGUUCGCAGGAUGAACCUGUACGUCCAAGGAGACCUGACACCGUACAACCAGGUCCUGGACCAGUUCACGUUGGACCGCUGCUGGGACGAGUGCCUUUCCCGCUCACAAUACCAGCGGCGGCGAGCUGCCGUCGAGCUCUACAACAGGCAGAACCGCUGGACCAAACGAGGCCUCGCCAUCGUACCGACCAUGUUUGGCAUCAGCUUCACCGUUUCCUUCCUUAACCAGGCCGGCGCGUUAGUCCACAUCUACACGGACGGUUCGGUGCUGCUGACUCAUGGUGGGACAGAAAUGGGACAGGGUCUCCACACAAAGAUGGUCCAGGUUGCCAGCCGGGUUCUCGGUGUCCCCUGCUCAAAGAUCCACAUAACGGAGACCAGCACUAAUACGGUCCCUAACACAAGUCCCACCGCUGCCUCGGCCUCCUCAGACCUCAAUGGUGCUGCUGUGAAAAAUGCCUGCCAGAUACUCAACGAGCGCCUGGAGCCCUAUAAAAGCCAAAACCCCAAAGGAUCAUGGGAAGACUGGGUGAAAGCAGCCUACUUGGACCGCGUCUCCCUGAGCGCCAGCGGCUUUUACAAGACCCCGGAUUUGGGAUACCACUUUGACACCAACUCUGGCCGAGUGUUCAACUACUUCAGCUAUGGAGUGGCCUCUUCUGAGGUGGAGGUGGACUGUUUGACUGGAGCUCACAAGAACCUGAGCACGACCAUCGUAAUGGAUGUUGGCGUUAGCCUCAACCCAGCCAUCGACAUCGGUCAGGUGGAAGGGGCCUUCAUGCAAGGCGUGGGUCUGUUCACCCUCGAGGAGCUUCACUAUUCCCCCCAGGGUGUCCUCCUCACUCGGGGUCCAGGUUCUUACAAGAUCCCGGCCUUCGGUGACAUUCCGACCCAGCUAACUGUUUCACUGCUCCGUGACGCACCCAAUGACAAGGCCAUCUUUGCCUCCAAGGCUGUGGGUGAACCUCCUUUGUUCCUGGCAUCAUCCGUUUUCUUUGCCAUCAAAGACGCCAUUAGUGCAGCACGGGCCGAGUCGGGCAUCACCGGCCCGUUCAGGCUGGAUAGCCCCGCCUCCGCAGAGCGGAUCCGAAAUGCCUGCAGUGACCGUUUUACCAAGCUGUGUCCUCCAGCAGAACCUGGAACCUUCCGCCCUUGGUCUGUGCAAGUCUAGUUCUCAUCUCCCAAACCAGAACCAGACAUCACAGGAUGGAGAUCCACACUUCAAGAAGAAGAAGAAGAAGAAGAAGAAGACUGAACUCAAUCUGUUAAUUUCUUCUGGCCACAGCAGAACUGAUUUAUUAGACAUUGAAAGGUUGAAGGA